AAUAUAUUAAAAAACUACUGCUUAUUUUCUUAUUUUCCUUAUACGUAAGAGAUAGAAUGGCAGAAAAAGAAAUAGAAUUACUCGAAAAUGUGGAGCUUCGAUUUGCUCUUGCAGAAACUGAUCAGCAAUUAGAAAAGACUCUUAAUAUUUUUUUAAGCCCUGUUCUUUUAAAGCUGGAAAGUCCACACGAAGUUGUGAAAACAAAGGUAAUGAGCAUCUUAGCUCACAUUAACAAACGUGUUCGGCCUAAAACAAACAUCAAACUUCCAUUAGUCCCUCUUUUGGAUCUUGUUUGUACAGAAAAGGUUACUAAAUCAAUAUUUGUUAAGAAUUUCGGUAUUAUGUACCUUGAAAUGGCUUAUGAUAGAUUAACGGAAGAGGAACAAAUCACAAACCUACCAAGUUUGAUUAGAGGCAUUGCUUCAAAGCCUCUUAACCAAAAGCAAACAUUAAUGCAUAUUAUACUUUUGGUAUUGCAAAAGUAUAAACCAAAAGAGACGGAGUCGCCUUCUGAUCUUGACCCGAUUAAUUUUACGUCACAUCCUGAUGAUGCUAAAUUUUUGCUAGAAUCAUUCUUAGAUGUUAUUCUAUAUACACCUAUUCAGCCUAGGCAACAAAAUCAGCGACCUGCCACUGGACAACUAGAAGAUUCUCAAAACCCCCAACCUGUUCAAUUACCAUCUGUUCCACCAGGACUUAGUGCAAAUGCCGUUAAGUUUGUAACUAAUGAUGGAAAAGCACAAUGGGCUUCUAAAAAUUCGGAGUUAAUAUCAAUUAAGAUGGGAAUUCUUCGAUUUGUUAAUUCUUCUGUAAUAUUACCAGACUCGCUACCCGAUAGUAUACAUUUUAAGAAAUUCUUAAUAUUAUUGGCUGCAUCAUGUGAUUCUUCUCAUGAAAUUGUUGGUGGUGGUGAAAAUGGCCUUAAGAGAAUGAAGAAACCAGAUAUGGAAGAUAAAAUGGUUGUGGAUGGAUUAUACUAUUUAUAUCAAGGUAGUAAUCCUGGGUCUGUUGCAAAACAAGGUCAACAAGAGACAUUGCGUCAUCCGGCUUCUCAAUCUCUUAGAUAUAAGAUUAUGGGUUAUCUCUGUAAAUCCAGAUUAGCAGCCAACACGUUCCCUGCUAUGAUUCAAGUUUCUUUUGACUGUCUUUAUGGUCCCACAACAAAUACAAAAUUGCAAAAUCAAGGAAUGUGGUUUGUUCAAUGGAUAGCAAGAAUGGGUGAUUCCUCGCGAUUAAAACCCGUUGCUCCAGUUUUAUUAUCUGGACUAUUAAAGUUUAUUAAUGAACAUGAUAAAGAAAGCUUAAAACUAGAUAAAGAGGAUUUGAGAGGAUUUGCUUAUGUGGCAGUUAGUUUGCUGGCAAGACGAGUUCCAGAGAUUUUCCGUAAAGAUUUAUCUGUACUUGCGAACUUCUUUACAGCUGUCACAAUGGAAACGAAAAAUGUUAAAGUAUCUGUUCAAGAGGCUUUAUCUAAUAUGGUGGAGGCAUAUCAAGAUGUUGAAACUUGGGCUAAUGAAGAUGUUAUCAGAACUAUUGAAAAUAUUCUGGAGGAGAAUAUAGAUAAGCCAGGACACCAAGCACGUUUUUGUGCUGUUAAAUAUGCAGUAUCAUUGUUUCCAUUUUCUCACGUUCUCUCUCGAUAUAUUUGUCUUCUUGCCUCAGCUGAUGAAAAGUUAGAAGUUAGAGAGAUGGCAUCCCGUGGUUUAGCAUUUCCUAAUUCAAGAGCUCCUAAACUUUAUCCAAAUCAGCCGGAUGAUGAAAUUAAAAUUCCUUCAUUUUUGGAAUUUGUUAAUUUUAUUAAUAAUAAAUCGAUUCAACGAACAGAGAAAGUCGAACAGCUCAAUUAUGAUCAAUCUAAAUCUAAAUUUAAUUUAGCCAUACCUUCAACUAUGGUUCUAGAUGCAUCAUCUUUUGCACAAUUUAAUCAUACUUUACAAUCUGGCCAAUCUACUGGAAAAAAGUAUGUUUCGGGAUAUCGUACAGAAGUUUAUAUUAAUAUCUUGCGAUUUCUUAGAAAUUUAAUGAUUGUAAAUGCAGAUCCAACUGUGUUAGUUGAUGAAUUAAUUGAUGAACUUGAUGGUGAAAAUAAACUAUUUGAUUCCAAUGUACGUGCACGAGUUAAAAGUUGGAUAAAAGAGCAAUGGAAGGCUGAUCAGGAAAUGACGGAUCAGAUGGAAUUGGACGAACCUCAACAUAGUGGAGCACUUAAUGUAUAUCUUGGGCUGAUUGAGAAAGGGUUAACAAACAAAGGCCAAAUAGACGCAUCAUUGCAAUCUACUGCAUCAUCGUGUCUUUUGGAACUAAUAUCUCUUGGACCAUCUUCUCUUUCUCGAUCUUAUGAAAAUCGAAUUAGCUGGAUAAAGACCUUUUUGAGUAUAACAAAGCUUGAAGUACGUAAUUCCAUGGCCCACGUCCUUGGUAUAGUGAGCACAAGUGAGUUAGAAAAUAGUCCCGAGAGGUGCACAAUCAUUCAAGAUUUAAUAAAGGAAUUCAUGACGAUUGCAAAAGAUCGUUCUCGACAGACAUCCGAUUAUCAUCACGGAAGUAUCCUUGCUUUGGGAUAUAUAAUUGGUCGAAUGACUUAUCGAUAUCCUACAACGUUUAAAUCUAUGGUAUCACCAGAUCUUAUAAUAGAAGUAAUUGAACUGAUUGCUUCAGAUUUAGAUUCAUCCACAAGUUUGCGUGUUAUUGGCGCAUCUAAAUCUUUGAGUGAGGCUUGUAGAUACACUUUAUUAUCAGUUUUCUCAGAUAUCAACGAUAAAGGAAAAGACAAGAUCGGUGAAAAUUCAUCUGGUGCAGAUUUUCUCACAAAUAUUGUGGAGAAAUUAAUUAAUAUUGUUAAGACCACUAAAGAUGUUAAGAGACAAGAAACAUCUAUUACUGCACUUGGUCAUAUUGCACUUGGAGAAUCUACAUAUUCAGAAAAGGUUUUAUCAUUAUUCUAUGACCUAGCAACAACUAUUAAUAAACAAGUAGAGGUUCAUUUUACGAUUGGCGCGUCAAUCACUUGUAUAACUGCGGGAUGGGAGAGUAAUGAAAUGGAUCUAUAUUUGGAUAUUGCUGAUGUUCCACCUCCAUCUAUGACGAUUGACAAUGCUGUGAUGGAAGGAGUUUUAAACAAGAUAUUUAAUGAUUUGUUGCCUUCAAACAAGACAGCAGCGAAAAAAGCUGUUUGUGUUUGGAUGUUGUGUUUAGUAAAAUUCUGUUCUAAACAUGAAAUGGUUAAGGCUACAUUGCCUAGAAUACAUGGAGCAUUUUCUCUUCUUUUGGCGGAUCGCGACGAAUUUACUCAGGAAGUUGCUUCCAAGGGUAUUGGUCUUGUUUAUGAAUUAGGAGACCAAAAGAUGAAAGAACGGCUUGUCGAUUCUCUUGUCGAAAUGUUUAGUGAGGGAAAACGUCCAAAGGAAACAAUAGAUCGAGAUACCCAAUUGUUUGAUUCAAGUACACUUGGUCAAACUCCUGAUGGAUCAGCCAUUUCAACUUAUCAGUCUAUUCUUUCGUUGGCUUCUGAUAUGAACCAGCCGGAGUUAGUUUACAAAUUCAUGCAACUAGCUAGUCAUAAUGCUAUGUGGCAAUCACGUAAGGGAGCGGCAUUUGGAUUCUCAUCUAUUCUUGCUCAAGCAGAGAAGGAGUUGGAACCAUAUUUGAAAGAUUUAAUACCUAGGUUAUAUAGAUUUCAAUAUGACCCUAACCCUAGAGUAAAUGAAGCUAUGACAAGUAUUUGGAGAACUUUGGUGAAAGAUCCAAAGAACGCUAUUGAUGAAUAUUUUGAUGUAAUUGUUAAAGAUUUACUCAAAGGGCUUGGUGAUAGAUUAUGGAGAACUAGAGAAUCUAGUGCCAAUGCUUUGACGGAUUUAUUACAAGGAAGACAAAUUCAACAACUUGAACCAUAUUUACAGGAUCUAUGGAAUAUGAGUUUUAGAGCCUUGGAUGAUAUCAAAGAAAGUGUACGAAUAGCAGCAUUUAAAACUUGUCGCACAUUGACAAAAAUUACGGUGAAAUACUGUGAUCCUGCUAAUGUGUCUGUUGGAAAUGGGCAAAAAGUUAUGAAUAUUAUAAUGCCUUUCCUAUUAUCGAAAGGACUAGUAUCAGAUGCCGAAGAUGUUCGCAAAUUUUCUUUGACAACGAUUCUUAAAAUUUGCGAAACCGCUAAAGAAUUAUUGAAACCGCAUAUUACAGAAAUUGUUGAUAAGUUAUUGGAAAGUUUGUCCAGCAUGGAACCUCAAGUCAUGAAUUAUUUAAGUUUUCAUGUCGAAAAGUAUGAUGUCACGCAAGAACAGCUUGAAAACACUCGUUUGUCAGCUACCAAAAUGUCUCCAAUGAUGGAGGGCAUUGAAUCUUGUAUUGAUUAUAUUGAUGAAAAAGUCAUAGAGGAUUUAACUCCUAGGUUGCUUCAACUUAUACGUAAGGGAAUUGGUUUACCAACAAAGGCCGGCUGUGCAAGAUUUUUAGUGUCAAUGUGUAUUAAAAAAGCUGAAAUAAUAAGACUUCAUGCUAAUACUUAUUUGAAAGUUCUAAGUGGAUCAAUUCUUGAUACUUCACCCGCAGUUCGCAAAUCAUACGCUGUUGCUGUUGGUUAUGUCGCACAUUUGACUUCUGAUAACACUUUGGCUAAGUUUAUUGAACAUUUGAAGAAAAUUUAUUGUGAAAAUAGUGAAGGAGAAAUUAGAUCUAUUGCUGGAAUUACGGUGCUUGAGAUAUCAAAGCAUGCAUCUGAUGAAUUAAAAAGAAUCUAUGUAGAGGUUUUGCCGCUCACUUAUUAUGGCAAGCAUGAUUCUGAUUCAAGCAUAAAAAGUGUGUGGGAUGAUGUUUGGGAAGAUAAUACUGCUGGAUCUAUGGGAACAAUUAAAUUGUAUUUAAGUGAAUUGAUUUCUCUAUCGUCGGCAUUAUUGAAAUCACCUUCAUGGCCUACUAAAAGACAAGCUGCAUUAACAAUAGCUGAUGUUGCCAAAUCAAUAGAACAAAAUCUGAUGCCAUAUAUGCAACAAGUUCUUCCAUUAUUAUUGGAUGGAUUAUUAGGAAGAACUUGGGCUGGAAAAGAAGCUCUUGUUGAAGCGUUGACAACAGCUUCUGUUUCUUGUCGAAAAUAUUUUGAAAAUGACGAAAAUCGUGCACGGUUAGACAUUAUAGCUAGCGUUCUUGCGCGCGAAAGUAAAAAAGCGAAUAAGCAAUACAAGCGUAUUUGUAUUGAUAAUCUUGGAAAAUUUGCUGACACUUAUAGUGAUACGUUAGUAAUUUAUCCUGAAGUCAAAGAUUUUUUAGCCGAAUUGGCGACAGGUGAACAAGAUCCUGAUGAAAUGGAUGAAGAUGAUGCAAAUGAAAGACCAUUAUUUUUAUUGGUCAAAGCAAGUGCAAUGAAAUGCCUUGGAUUAGUUUGGCCAAAGGAAAAAGAAGUUCAAAUACAACAUUCCAAAGAACUUGGUAAAUUAUUGGCAAGUUCUUUAAAAUCUGGCAAAAAUGUUUGGAAUGUACGUUUGUGUGCAUUAGAAUCUCUUGAAAAAUUUAUUGAAAAAUUGGACUUCAGUGGACAACAUGUUCAAACGCUUGAAGAAGAAACUUUAAAUAGUAUAUUUGAAGGGUUGAAAGAAGGAUUAUCAGACACCAAAUACGUGGCAGUUCGUACCGCUAGUUUUGAUACUUUGAAGAAAGUUGUUGAUAAAAUUAAAGAUACUUCGUUAAUACUUUCUUCAUUGGUUAAAGAAAAAUUGUUGGAAACUAUUACUGUUGCCGAAAAAGAUCCUGUAGCAAAUAUUUCUGAUUCUGCUAAAGAAUUACGCAAGGAAUUACUAACAAGCAUCUAACCUAUUGAGUGAUAAUGAAUUUAUAUGUGAAAACUUAUUAUUGUACAAAAUUUUUUUCUAAUCCCACCCUAUUAAAUCAGGUGAUUUCUGGCACGUAAUUCUUGAUUACUUGACCACUGUAUUCCGUGGUACAUUCAUUAUAGAUUCUUGCUCUAGAUGCUUAAAUUAUAUUUUAAUGAUCUUAUUAA